AAGGAUGUAUUACAUACGGGACACGUUCAUAUUCACUUACUUAUUGUAUUUAAUGAAGGGAUCAUAUGCGGGCAUCUGUCCUGAAAACUGCGCUGCGAAGAGUUGUGAUGACCCAGAUGGCGGUUGUCCAAAAUGCGAGAAGGAAUGGUGGGGGCGUCAAUGUAAUAACCCAAUGGGAUGUUAUUGGGCGGAGGAUCCAGCCAAAUACCGUGGGACAACAUCCGUGACGGUCAGUGGGAUUGUCUGUCAACAGUGGUCCAGUAGCAUACCGCACAGUCACAGGUACAAAGACCUCACCCAAGGAGCUAAAAACUAUUGUCGUAGUCCUGAAAACCACCCUGUUCCCUGGUGUUUGACGACUUACGGAAAGGUUGCACGACAGGAUUGUGACGUGCCUCGUUGUGAUUCGAGGAAAUUGUGUCCCGUGCCGACGUUUCCUGUCCAAAAAGUUCUACCGGAAGGAGUUCCCUUUACGAAGCCAUUCUUCUCAGGGACAUCUUUGCGCGUGGUGAUUUCUUGUGGAACUCUUCAGAAAGAGGCUACGAUAUGGUGUUUGUCCAAUCAGAUGUGGGCUUCUUCCGGAGGCUGUACAGACCUGGUUGCCUAUUGUCCAAGACCAGCUUUAGAGAGGAACACUUACAUUUUUAAUGACCACGACUCCGUCUAUCGCCACAACGACACUAUCGAUAUUCGCUGUCUGGAAGGUUUUACAAUACAAGGUUCUGGUACUCUAGAAUGUCAGGAAGACGGCACCUGGAAUGGUACUCUACCUACCUGUUAUAUGAAUGGCAGUAAUUUAUGUCCAUCAAUGUGCGAGGAUGAUCUCAGUUGUGACAACGAAGACAGAGGGUGUCCGAAGUGUAAACCGACAAGAUGGGGUCGACACUGUGAAUAUUAUAUGGAAUGUUACAACACAGAUAGAGGAUCAGAUUACAGGGGUAUACAUAACAGGACAGCGGAUGGUCUUCUCUGUCAGAACUGGAAUAGCAGAGUUCCUCACAAACAUCCGUUUGGUGAUAGAGUGGACGACGGGGCAGCUAACUAUUGCCGUAACCCAGACCUAGAACCUUCUCCAUGGUGUUACACGACCAACCCUAACGUCCGCUGGAAACGUUGCAAUGUGCCAAAAUGUGACACUGUGUGCCAGCCUCCUGAGAUGUCUAUGUACAGCCAUCUAACAGAAGUUACGUCAAGCCCAUUCAGUGUGGGUUACGAACUGUUUAUAAAUAUGACGUGUGACGGCAAAAACGUAACCAUGGUUACCAGGUGUCAGUCGGAUUUGACUUGGUCACACAAUGUGUCUUGUGAUGCCGUCCAUUGUGGGCGUCCUACUCUAAAUAAGGACAGUUUCAUCGUUAGAGACCGCUCUAGUAGACUGUACGCUCAGUACGACACGAUUGAGGUUCGAUGUCCCGUUGGGUUUAUUCAGGGAGGUCAACAUUUGUUCCAGUGUCAGGCAGACCGUACCUGGAACGGCAGUAUGCCGACUUGUGACGGAGGUACCUGUCCACCCAAGUGCGCGAAAGGUGUUCCCUGUACGGAGGCUGACAGGGCGUGUCCACGUUGUUCUCCUGGAUAUUGGGGCCGACACUGCCAGUAUCCACUUGAAUGUUAUGUUAACCGUGGAGCGAACUACAGGGGCACAGUUAGCAUAACUGUAAGUGGCCGAAAGUGUCAAUCAUGGAAUUCGACAUCACCUCACAAGCACAGACUAAAGCUGCCCAACUCCGAAAACUUUUGUCGAAAUCCGGACAAUGAACCGAAACCAUGGUGUUAUACUGUAGACCCGAGGAGGCGAUGGGAAGUCUGUCCAGUCCCGAGAUGCAAUGAUGGUGCCGUGUGUCCUCCCCCGGAGUUGCCUAUGUAUUCCAGCGUGGCGUCACCCAUGGACAGCGUGUUUUACACAGGUUCCACUAUAAUGGUAAACCUAACGUGUGGAGGCACGUAUGAACUGGUCAACAUCAUUUGUGAGUCCAAUAGAAAAUGGACAAUGGAUCGACUGUCCUGUUCUGCGGUCUUUUGUGACAGUCCUACACUGAGAGACAACAGUCAUAUUAUCGAAGGCACGGAAGGUCCUUAUCAACAAAACGACACAAUUGAAGUUGGAUGUGAACUUGGUUAUUAUACAACAGGACAGACAAUGUUUCGCUGUCUCUACAAUUCGCAAUGGAAUGGAACUAUGCCUAUAUGUACCGGUGUUUCUUGUCCGGAACUUCAUCCAUCAUCAAACAGUCACAUAGAAGAUAUUUCUGUGUCUUACACAUACGCGGAUGUGACCAUAGUUCGGUGUGAUACGGGUUACACACUUGUGGGAGAUUCACACCUGUAUUGUCAGGCCGACGGCACGUGGAAUACCUCCUUACCGACAUGUCAAGCGGUGGUUUGCCCUGUGCCAGUUCUAAAUGACAACAGUCUUGUUGAAAACGGCAGUAACCCUUACGUUUUCGGGGACAUUAUACAUGUAAAAUGUAAACAGGGAUAUCAGCUGUUCGGCUACGACAUAUUCAUGUGCAAGAGCGAUGGUCGCUGGGAUGGAAAUUUUCCCGUUUGCAAAGGGACUUGUCCUCUUCACUGUAAAGAUAGCCAGAUCUGUGAUGACCCGGAUGGAGGUUGCCCGGAUUGUGAGCCAGCAUGGUGGGGAAGACACUGCCAAUACCCGUUAGGAUGUCGUCUGUCGCCACAAGGAACAGAAUAUCGCGGAGAGAUGAAUUCUACGAUUAGUGGGCGUGUCUGCCAGGCAUGGUCUGAUACAACAGUCCAUACUCACAAGUACGAGAAGUUUGUUGACAUAGAGGCUAACAACUUCUGUAGAAAUCCAGACAAUGAGACGUGUCCAUGGUGCUAUACCGUAGAUCCGGAUGUACGAUGGGAGCUUUGUCCAGUUCCUCUCUGUUCUUCACUGGCCCAGUGUCCACCUCCUGUUCUUCCACAAAACGUCACAGUGAUCAACCCACCACAAAUCGCUUUCUUCACGGGUUCUGUGUUGUUGCUAGAGCUCAAGUGUGGGGAAGGAUUCAAGACAGUAUCAUCUCCAAGGAUAAAAUGUCUAGAAAACAACACCUGGACAUACAGCAUUCCUUCAUGUCAAGCCGUGCGUUGCAAGCACCAAGCACUCCCUGACCACAGCUAUAUCACAGGGAUGUCUGUCACCCAUUUUCCUUACGUUCUGAGUGUACAGGUUAGCUGCAAAGACGGAUACACCUUACAGGGCCCUUCUCAGCUGACAUGUUCUCAUCCAAACUAUUCCUGGAAUGUAACAAAGUGUAAACCUAUUGUGUGUCAGAAACCGGCACUGUCUGCAUUCAGUUACGUGGAUCAGAACAAGAAUGAGUAUCCCUUUGGUAGCCAGAUCAUGGUAAAGUGUACUCAGCUGUAUAGGCGUGUAGGCCAGGGAAGGUUUCGCUGUCUUUCGGAUGGUCGAUGGGAUGGAGAAAUGCCGGAAUGUAAAGCUCCGUCAUGCAGCCUGCCUAAAGUACCAAUGUCACAUUUGGUAGAUGUCCGGUCGCUUGCUGACAUGAGUCCUGGAGGUAAUGUGACGGUUGUGUGUCGAAACACGAACGGAACUUCUGUCUUACAGUGUCUUCCGAACGGAACAUUUUCAGGAACCAUACCUGAGUGUAAAGCGACUGGGUGUGGUCCCCCAACGAUGCCCCAAGACAAAUACGUUGUUGUGAAGCACGAGAAUGACAUGGACACUGGAAGUACACUGAUGGUUCACUGUGUCAGCGGUAUGGAACUGUACGGUCCUGAAGAGCUCACCUGUUUGACUAACGGGUCUUGGUCCAAUGACAAUAGUGAAUGUAAAAUGAUCAGAUGCCCCAGUCCGGUGUUGCCAGACCACAGUGUGAUAGUCCGAGGGAAGAAGACUGUGUACAGAUACGGAGACACGGUCUUGGUCAUAUGUCUUGAAGGAUACAGUCCUCUAUAUCCUGUCACUUUAGUGUGUCAGCAUGACAAAACCUGGAACGGAACAAUGCAUAGGUGUGAUGCCCUUUCAUGCCAGGUUCCUACCCCUCCUGACACAUUACAGUAUAUCAUUAAGAGCUCUGCUGAUCUUCAGUUCGGCGGAACGUUAACUGUCGGAUGUAAGGCAGGCUAUAAAACAUUAGGAAAUGAACAAAUGAUAUGUGAAGCUAACGGACGCUGGGCAGGUCAUCUGCCAGACUGUCAAGCUAUGACGUGCAUGCUGCCGAGUCUGUCUUCCGACCUGUAUGUGAUGGUUGACCAGGGAAAUGGCGUGACCCCCGGGGAUAUCAUAUCGGUUUGGUGUAGACCAGGAAUGAAGGUAGUUGGUUUCCCCUACCUCAAAUGUCUGAAGGACGGCACGUGGAACGCAUCGACACCAACAUGUCAACAUAUUAACUGUUCACCACCAUUGGGGAUUGAUUACAAUAUUAUACCGAAAAAGAAGAGCUAUAUAUACAAGGAUACCAUUAGUGUCUAUUGUAAGGAUGGAUUCGAACUACAGGGCGCAAGUACGCUUGCGUGUGGACUUGACGGCACGUGGGGAACGAAUCAACCCUGGUGUUCAGAAGUGAAAUGUGCACUCCCGCCUUUAAGUGACUUGCACGUGCUGAAUAUGGACCAAACAUCAUCAUUAUCAGUAGGAGGGAUUGUACAUGUUGGCUGUACAAAUAACAAGAAGUCAGUUAAUUUGAGGUGCAGGAAAGAUAAAACAUGGAACUCAUCACUACCAGCAUGUGAUAAAAUCAAAACUGUGGUGCAGGUUCCACCGGAAGCAGAUUCCGGGGAUGACUUAAGUGUUCUGGAUAUAGGUAUUAUCGCUGCUUGUGUAGCAGCAAUACUGGUUACUGGUAUAGCAGCCACAACUUACUUUCUUGUACGAAAAUUCAGAAAAAGUAGGAGACUAAAGAGUUCUAACAUUGCUAUAACAUAUAAAGAUAUGGAACACGAAUUUUGAGAACGAUCUUCAGGGAGAGUGCCUUCAGAGGAAACAAAUUGUGCCUGAAAGCUGUGAGAAUUAUGUUUGCUAUCGUCUA